UUUCUUGUUCGCAAAUUUUGUUUUUAGCACUUUUUAAUUUAAUUGUAAUAUAACAAACUUCCAAUUAAUAAAACGCAACAUAAUGAGUGCACUAUUCAAUUUUCAAAGUUUACUAUCAGUUAUUCUACUUUUAAUAUGUACCUGUGCAUAUUUGAGAUCAUUUUUCCCAAGUAUUAUGGACAGGAAUAAAACUGGGUUGCUAGGAACAUUUUGGAAGUGUGCACGUAUUGGUGAAAGAAAGUCUCCUUAUGUAGCUACUUGCUGUAUAAUAAUGGCAUUUACUAUAUUAUUUUUAACAUAGAAAUUUAAUUGUAAGAAUUCUAACCAAGCAUUUUAUGUAAAAUAACUAAAAGUAAUAAAAUAUUUUCUACUGUUA